UGACGGUGGUCGAUGAUUAUCGUGUUGGAAGUUGGAAGUGGUGGGAAGCGGUGGGCAAGUGGUUCUCCUCGAUACUUGACGUAUGUUGGCGAACGUUCGACGAAUGUCGCGAAUUAUCGGACUCUGGUAGCCGUGGGAUUUCUCUCGCGAUUCGGUCAUGACGUAACGACGAAAAUCGCGCGAGAUGAGUAGAACCGCGAGAUCCCUGGGUCCCUGCAGGGGCGGCCUGUACGUCAUCGAGAGCGAAGUAUGCCUCCUGAUGACGGCGAUGCGGCGAGGCGCCCGAUGGUCGUCGCACUCCUACCAGGAUGACGAUCAGGAUACCUUAAUGAAGGGUUUGAAUACCUUGAGGGAAGUGUUGAAUGAGCAUAGAGAUCUGUCUCAAUUGGAACCUGCUGUUUUUCUUACCCCCUUUCUGGAAAUUAUAAGAUCAGAGGAAACCACAGGACCUGUGACUAGUCUAGCACUAUCUGCUGUUAAUAAAAUAAUUUCUUACGGGCUUGUUGAUGCUAAUCAUCCUCUCAUAGCUUCCUGUGUAGAAGCUGUAGCAGAUGCUGUUACGCAUGCAAGAUUUGUGGGCACCGAUGCAUCUGGUGAUGGAGUGGUCCUCAUGAGAAUCCUACAGGUUCUGAGAGCUCUUAUGUUGUCACCUGCAGGCGAUCAUCUUUCCAAUGAAAGUGUAUGCGAAAUUAUGCUGAGUUGCUUUAGGAUAUGCUUUGAAACACGUCUCAAUGAAAUACUCAGAAGAACGGCGGAGCAUUGUCUAAGAGACAUGGUUCAACAUUUGUUCACCAGAUUACCUCAGUUUGUCGAUGACAUUAGAGUCUUGCCAAAUAUGAAAAAAAUGAGGACAAACAGCAUAGAAAAUACUCGUAGCAAGAAUAGGAAACAUAAAAGUUAUACAAAGCAAAAGUCCAAGUCCAUCACGGAUGACGUCGAAGAAAAGGAACCGCUUAUUCUGAAUUCAGCUGAUAGAACUCGAGCGAAUCCCUUGGCUACCACGCCCGUUUCUCCAGUUGGCAAUAUUGUCGAUAUGCAAGGAUCUUUAGAUCAUGGAAGUAUCAAUAAAAAUGAAGAGGAAAAAAGUGAAAGCAAAAGUGAUACUAGCAAGAAUAGCAACAUAAACAAAUGCAGCAAAACAGUGGAUAAUCAGGACAAUAAGCAAGGAGAGAAGCAAGAGAACAAUACAGAUGUAAACAGUAAAGAUGUCAAAAGCGAGAUAGAAACGGCCGAGAUUAAUGACGCGUCUAAAAAUAUCAACGUCGAAAAUAAAUCUGUACCUUCAACAGAAACCAAGAGCACAGAGAAGGAAGAUGCAGUCGAUCAGAAGACUACAAUGGACGAAACGUCUGAAUCUUCCGUUAAGCAAUCCGUGUCAGAAAAUCAAGGUGACGAAGAAAAAAGUAUCGAUUUAGCGCAAUCUCCGACCGGUAGUGUAGAAGACUUAUCGAUAGACGAAAGCACAUGCAAGAUGUCUAAAGGGAAAGAACCUGAACAGAUGGAAGAGUACGUGAACAGUCAGGGUGUUCGAUUUAUUCCGUUGCAACAGCGCGCUCCGUACGGUGCGUUGUGCGUGCGCGAGCUGUUUAGAUUUCUCAUUUCCCUGUGUAGUCCCCUCGACAAGCAGAAUAACGAAAUUAUGACCCACUUGGGUCUUAGUUUACUGCAAGUGGCAUUGGAGAUCGCCGCCGAUGCCCUUUCUAACUUCUCAUCUUUACUCGCGCUCGCAAAGGAUGACUUGUGUAGAAAUCUAAUCUUGCUCCUUGGGACAGAUAGAUUGUCGAUUCUCGCUGUAGAUCUUCAAGUAUCAUUUCUAUUGUUCGAAUCGCAAAGAGAGCACUUAAAAUUCCAACUGGAACAUUAUUUAAUUAAAUUAAUGGAAAUUGUUCACUCUGAAUCUAAUAGGAUAUUAUACGAACAACGAGAACUAGCGCUUGAAGCUAUAGUAAGAUUGUGGAGAAUACCAGGUUUACCCGCUGAGUUAUAUUUAAAUUAUGAUUGCGGACUUUACUCUACAAAUUUGUACGAGGAACUUAUGAAGAUGUUCUCUAAGAAUGUUUCUAUACCAAUCACUACUAGCAUGUAUAGCAUGCAAUUGAUUUCCUUGGACGCUAUAAUAAUGCUGAUUGCUGGUAUGGAAAUUCGUUGUAAAGGUUGCAAAGAAUUAUGUAAGCCAUCACGUCACGACGCAUCAUCGAAUCUUCCCACGCGCGAAGAUCUGCUCGCUAUAAAAGCGAGCAAACGGUGGUUAUUCCUUGGCACAGAGAAGUUUAACGAGAAUCCGCGGGAAGGUAUCGCGAAACUUGCAGAACAUGGUCUUCUAGGCGAUACUCCUGGUCAACCGGAUCCAGAAAAAGUCGCGAAGCUUCUGAGAGAAAAUCCCGGUUUGGAUAAGAAAGCCAUAGGCGAAUACAUAAGCAAGAAGGAAAACAAGAAUAUUCUCAAUUAUUUCGUGCAUAAUUUUGAUUUGAGAAAUACAAGAAUCGAUCAGGCUCUGCGACUUUAUCUGGAAUCAUUUAGACUACCUGGAGAAGCCCCUAUUAUAUCUCUUCUGCUCGAAAAAUUUGCUGAUCAUUGGCAUGAAAGCAACGGUAUACCGUUUGCCUCAGCCGAUGCUGCUUUUACAUUAGCUUAUGCGGUGAUUAUGUUAAAUGUCGAUCAACAUAAUUAUAAUGUAAAGAGACAAAAUAAUCCCAUGACUGCCGACGAAUUCAAGAGAAAUUUGAAAAAAGUUAACGGUGAUGCUGAUUUUGAUCAAGAUAUGCUCGAUGAAAUAUAUACUUCAAUUAAAGGGGAAGAAAUUGUAAUGCCCGCCGAACAAACCGGAUUAGUAAAAGAAAAUUAUUUGUGGAAGGUUUUACUGAGGAGAGGUUCCGGACCUGAGAGCGUAUAUUUAAAAGUAGGCAAUUCCGGCGAAUUCAUCGACAGAGAUUUGGCCGAGCAUGCGUGGGGUCCGAUCAUUAGCGCUCUUUGUCGAGCUUAUGAUAAAGCACCGGAUAGAGCGUUGCAUCGUAAAGUUGCUCAAACAUUUCUUAGUUGCGCGACGAUUAGUGCCCAUUAUAGCAUGUGCAGCGACUUGGACACGCUCAUAGUGAGCCUCUGUAAAUUCACGGGUCUGAUAAUUGGUGCGAAACCCGAACAAGUGGUUCUACACCUCGGUGGAAGCUCAAAGUCGCAAUUGGCCGCGCGUACUCUUUUCAAGAUCACACAUUUACACGGAGACGCUUUGAGAGCGUCAUGGAAGAACAUUAUUGAUUGCCUGCAGUCGCUCUAUGAAGCGAGGCUAUUGCCGAAAAAUCUCACGGAGGCGGAGGACUUCAUCGAUCCGUCCGGCAAGAUAUCUCUACUCCGAGAACCCACCACGCCCAAAGCUUCCCCGGGUGAUCAAGGAUUAUUGUCUACCUUUUAUUAUUCCUAUAUCGCCAUGGAACCAUCGCGUGUACCACAUCCCGCCGAAGCGACCGCGCGAAAGAAGGCCGUGGAGUUUAUCGCCAAUUGUUACCUCAAGGAAAUUAUCGAAGAAAGCAAGUUCUUUCAGAGUGAAUCACUCAAUUCUCUAGUUGGUGCUUUAGUAUCGGUGAAUCCUAACAACGAGGACAUAUCUAUAUUUAUAUUGGAGCUAUUGCUAGAAGUAACUAUACAAAAUCGCGACAGAGUAACGUGUAUCUGGCCGGUCGUCCAGAGUCAUUUGGAUCGCUUGUUAACGAUGGCGGCACGCGAAAAUCAUCCUUAUCUGCUCGAGAGAGUAGCUGUGGGUAUGCUGAGACUAGCUAUCAGACUUUUACGCGGCGAAGAGUUCGCAUGUCUAUCUCCUCUAUUACCUCUAACCCAUCUGCCAUCCGCGACGACCGCACCGUUGGCUCGACAGAUCGCCUACGGUCUGUUCGAAUUAUUGAAAACAGGCGCCGCGAAUAUUCAUAGCGCCGAGGAUUGGAAGGUGGUGUUCAGCCUAUUGGAAUGCGCUGGUGCUGGCGCAUUAGCGCCGAAACGGUCCAAUACCGUUCUGGAUGAAACAACAAACGCUCGCACGUCGGUCUUGGAUCCCAGACCCAUUAGUCCGGUGCCGGAAUGGGUACUAGUGUCGCCGACCGGCACUGAAGCACCGCUUCCAGUAGCCGCUGACACUAUAAUCCUGGUACGAGAUCUGCAGCCUCACGACUCGGCAGCCUUUGUCAAGUGCUGCGAAAGCCUGAAUUUCCUAGUACGCGACAUGGCGCACGUGACGCCAUUUAACUUCGAUCUGUGCGUCAACUGCGUGAGAACGUUCGCCGAGGCGGUGCUGCAAUGCGUGGGCAAGCGAAACAAGGUGUGCAACACCGCGGAGGAGUCGCCCGACUAUCAGCAGAGUCCGAUGCAAUUGUUGGAUCUGAUGCACACGUUGCACACGAGAAUCGCGCAGGUGUUCCAAUGGUGGGAGGAGGAGGGUAGUAUCGACGAUGGUAUAUCCCUGUGGCCGCAAGCUUGGCGACCGUUGCUUCAAGGUAUCGCGCGACUCUGCUGCGACGCCCGUCGAUCAGUGCGCACGGCAGCGAUGACAUGUCUUCAGAGCACUUUGCUGGCCCAAUAUCUGGCACAGCUGACCGCGAUAGAGUGGUCGCAGUGCUUCGAGGAGGUUUUGUUUCCGCUACUGGCGCAAUUGUUGGGCCCCAUCGCGUCCAACGAUCCUAUCGGCAUCGAAGAAACGAGAUUCAGAGCCGCGAUGUUACUAUCCAAGGUAUUUCUCCAUCACCUUACUCCCCUGCUGACUCUGUCCGGUUUCCUGCCGUUGUGGCUGACGGUACUAGAACUUCUGCGCGCGUACAUGCAUGCCGACAAUAGCGAGCUUCUAUACGAGUCGAUUCCCGAAUCGUUGAAGAAUAUGCUGAUGCUGAUGUCGUCGGAACUUGGCAAUUUUGUUUUGGUGCCAAAUUCCAAUCUCUGGGCGCCCACGUGGAGAGCGAUCGACGCGUUUCUGCCGAAUCUGAAAGCGGAGCUGCUAUCUCCGCAGCUGCCGCCGCAGCAACCGCCGCAACAACCGCAAGUCAUCAGUCUGGUCGGGCAACAACAGCCACCAUCCUUCCCGGGAUCUAUAGCGCCGCAGCCAGAAACUACUACUCUUUCGGCCGAUUCUGAAUGCAUCAAUGAAAAUAAUGCAGACGUGAAAACCGCGACGCAGCCAGUCGACAUUCUCAAUCCUGUGCAAUCCAGCGGUGUUCCAAUUCCAAUUUCGUUACCGACGUUGGUAUACAACACCGAGGGCAAGGAGUCGCAGCAAGUGAUCACUCUGGUCAGCCAACCGCCACUCAGUGUCUCUAGUCCAGUCGCGGUGCAGCCGACCGCCCAGAAUAUCUUCGACAUUUGUUACUCGACGAACUCUCUGCCGGAUAAGACGGGCGAACGACAGCAACAAUCUCAACCGAGUUCGCUGAACGAUGAAGAGUACAGCAAGUCGCUGAAGAGUACGACGCAAAAUGUCGAACUGACCGACGAGAAUCGAGAUUUAAUUCUUACGACGCGGAAAUACGAGGAGUGGAAACAGCAGCAGCAGCAACAACAGCACCAGCAGCAGCAGCAACAAAUACUGAUGCAGCAACAGUGCACACAGCAUGCACAGUCUUACGGACAAGCGACGCAGUAUCAGCAUUCAGCGGCGGAAGGUUCUCCCUAUCGCGUGGAUCCAUCUGAGACGACGACAGUAGAUUCUACGGGGACGACGACGUUUAACUCUGCGACGUAUUUUAACGAGGAUCCGACGACGGAUCUUCUCUUCGUCGUCACCAAUCCUUGACCACUGUAUAUUUUUUAUGUAAAUUGUAUUAUAUAAAACAUAUUUCUACGAUGCGCAUGAUCAUGUUCUGUGUUAGAUGAAGAACUCGCUCUCUCAAGGAUGCCUGAUUAAAACGAGGGAGGAUACGCGGUAUAAAGCAUAUAUAUAUAUAUAUAUAGAGUUGUCGUAUCUCUUUGGUUUGUAUAUUUGGCACUCAUUAUAUACAAAUAAUAUAUGUACUAUAACGUAUAUACAUGGGUUAUUGUUAAGAUUAUCAUUAUGUAUUGUAUAUAUAAUGCAUAAUCUCAGCAAUAAUAAUGGUAAACAAAACACAUAAUGUAGCUCUCGACAUCACUUCCAACGCUCAAUAUGUACUUCCGUUUAAUUAUUAUUUUUUCUUUUUUUUUUUUGCGUCACUGGGUAAAAAGAAGCUCAUUUCGUGAAUAGCCAAAUGCAUAGGCCAAAAUCAUCUGGACAAACGACCGACCAAUUUUCUCGUCAUUGACAUUUUUAUCUGCAUGUGUUGCCUGUGUUUUACAUUAAAAGAUGCGGGCCGAAUAAUAAUAUAUCUCUCUCACUAGUGAUGUGCGAUCGUACGAUAAAAAUCGUUUUUGAAUCGCACAUGUAAAAAUCGAAGUACAAAAAUUGAUUUCAUGACAAUCGAUUUUUUUACAUUAUAUAUAGCAUAAAAGAAGAAAUACGCCGAAACGUGAAGAAAUUAACUAAACUGGGGGUCGAUUGUAUCACUUUUUCUAAAAUGAAAAUGUGAAAAGUGAACAAUUUCUUCCAAUAACAUCGAUUUCAUUUUAAAAUCAAUGCGUGAUUGGCUGUACUUUUUUACCUAAAGAAUCGUAUCAGACCUUCGGGAAUUUAAGCUGGUCGAGUUAAUUCUAAAGAGAGCCGAGAUCCUAUGCGGAUCCACAAUUUUCUACACGAGUGUAGAAUCUAGCUUUAUAAAAAUCGAUUCUCUCUCUCACAAAAAUUGGACACUAUAAUUGAUACAAAAAAUAGAUUUUUCUCGUCGAAAAAAUCGAUUUUCAUGAAAAUCGAUUCGGAAUCGCACAUCACUAUCUCUCACCAGAUAUCUAUUCUUACAACUUCUACUUAAGCAUAAUACAAAUUCUACUUAGAAUUGCAGGUGAGAGAAUAAUUCUCUUCUUUCUUGUCCGCAUGGAUAGUCAGGUGUGUUUUACAUGUUUAAUGAUUCUUAGAGAGAAUUAAUCGACAGUGAUUUCGAUAAUCGAAAGAUUUGCAAUUUCGGCGAGCUCAGUUUCAGGAUAUCGUUGAUAUGACUAUAUAUGUAUGUAUGUAUAUGCAUGUAUAUCAUCGCGUUUCCGGAUAAAUACAGUUUUUUGUCUUUUAGCGAAUAAAACUGCAGGGAAAAACUGAACUCCCACAGCGAAAUUGUAAUAUCGAUUUUAAUUGCUUGUAUCUUAUACUUCGCAACUAAAAUGUUUCUUCAUCCUUGCGAUCGUAGCCAGAUCUAUGUACAUAUGCAAAUAAUUAACAUAUUGAAUAAUAAGAGAUUUAUACAUCGAUGUUCACACGUCCGUUGAAUAAGCAGAAUUAUUUCGAUGACGACGUUGUGUUUAAUUAAUGUAACUCGAAAUUAUUGUGACGUGUGAACUUUCCGUUUACGAUCAUUAUACUAUGCUUGCAAGCAAUUAUUAAAAUCUUAAAGGAUCAAAGUAUUUGUAAAUCCCUGAGAACGACGCUCUCGUUUUUCAUUUGCGGUUCCCUAUUGUGCGAUAUAUUUCUCAGUGUGCUGAUUGUCAAAUAUCGACAAAUCUUGAAAAAAAAAUUAUGUUGCUGCCACUCUUAUGCACACUUGGGUAGAUAAUUGUUCAGUAAUAUAUAUACAUAUAUCUUUUGCAAGAAUAUAUAUAUAUAUAUGAAUAGAGAGUGUCGCGUCUUUCCAAAUCGCGAUCCUCACCAAAGAUCAUGCGAUAAAAAGCUCAUUUAAUUGUAAUUGUACAUAAAAAUAUAUCUGUUUAAUUUCUCUCAUGCAAUAUGUAUAUUAUAUGUAAAUUCGUUCGUUCGUAUCUAAUCUCGAUAUAUCAGUUCAACAUAUUACAAUAUCAAACUUGACGAAGAUUUUCUCAGA